CCUCACUCCUUCCCCCUGAGGGCCCUCUCUCUGGAGCUGCCCUUGCUGCUCAGCUAAGCAGCACCCUUGGGACACUCAGUGCGGCAUGUCUUCCCUCCCGUCCUCCUUCCCACAGGCGUUUGGAGGAUACCUCAGGCCUUCUGAAAGGGCGGACAUCAUCCUCACAGCCACUGAAGCUAUGCGAGACUCCAGCAUCUAUGGCAAGCAGGGGGCCUGCAGCGUGCUGGAUGCAGCCUUGGAGGACCCUGACUACUGGCUGACAGAUGUGCCAAUAAUCAUGGAAUGCAUCAGGAAAAAUCUGGACAGCAUCCACACGGCAUCAGCGCGGCGCUGCCUGGACUCCCUGCUUCUCCAGCUGACCAACCAGAUGUCCAGGGAAGAAGUCAAGAACCUGCUGAAGUUCUCUCCGCCAAGUGACAGCACUGCCCUGAGCAUGUGGGAGGUGGUCCUGGCCAUGCCGCAGACCUUGGAGAAAGUUUUAAACGUGCGGAUGGAAAUCUUGCCACUGUGCGACUGGUGCACCGCGGUCACAGAAGACACCUGCAUCCGUCGCUUGGCUAUGCUGGCCCAGAAUCACAUUUCUGAAGAGGAGUUUGGUAACCCAGUGCACCUCCUGAGUUACCUGAAGCACCCAAGCCCAGCGAUGCGCUUGAUGGUUCUCAAAGGGCUCUCCACCGUGUCAGAGAGCCCUGAGAAGGCAAGAAAAAUUCAGGUCGUGCUGCCAGACAUCCUGGAGGCCCUGCAGGACACCAACACAGACGUCGUGCUGAAGGCCCUGCUUGUGCUCAGCAAUGUGAUGGCUCAUGUGGAGAGGAGAGAGGCCAGUCGCACGGCUCUGCAGCUGGCUGAGAAGCUCCUGCCACUCUUUGACCAUGAGUCCAGCCAGGUGCGCGAGCACUCCAUCUGCCUCUUCCAAGCCGUGACGGAGGCUGUGCUGUGGCACAGGCAGAAGGAAAUGAAGAGGAAAGUGCACAGCAGCCUUCUCCCACUCUACUUUCGGAUGAGAGACCAGAGUGAGAGCGUAGCAAAGGCCUCUGGGGAAGCUCUCGUCGUCGCUGCAGAGUUUCUGCGAUGCAAAGAGCUCAAGCACUUGGCCCAGACAGAACAGACGUGGAAGAUCGGGGAGUGCUUGCUGCAGCAGGGCAGAGACAGAGUAGACGAAUACCUGCAGCAGAGCCAGCCCUACCUGCAGGACUCUCAGACCGUCUUGCGACUUGAGGCCGUCAGGUUCAUUGGGCUUGCUGCGCGCUACUCCAAGGACCAGAGCGAGGAGAAGCUGAAUGAAAUCAUCAGCGUCCUCCGGUCUUCAGGGAACGACCCGGAACCCAUGGUCAGAUGCCUGGCAGUUCAGACCAUCAUGAUCCUGGCGUCAAGGCGUAACAGAACAUCAGGACGGAGAUUUCGACUGUUGUGGUGCUGCUAGCCAUGCAGCACUCCUCAAAUCAUCAAUAUAUAUCUUAAUAGAACCGGGUUCUUGUCUCAUUAUUCCAGCAGCUCCUUCAAAGUGACUCGGUGC